CUACGUCCCUUUGAAGCAUCGUAAAUCAAUUCUCGUGAAAGGCUUUUACCGGCUAGCUGGUACCUAGACCGACAGAAAGAAUUCCAACGUAAUGUUUCGCAGCGGAGUGAGACAUUUAUUUGGCGGCACCAGCCAUUCUCGACGACCUCAGCCACACCUCAAAUCACGAUUCACCAGUCAGCCAUACUUACACAAAAGUGUCAUAGCAAGAUAGCAAGAUAGCAAGAUAGCGAAAUAAGCGGGCGAGCGACGUUCUAGAUCCCGAUAAGACCUUUUUUUUCACGAGGGCCACAUCAAAGGGCGGGACCCAGUAUAUGUAGUUCAGCGAUGCAGCAAACUCAGUUUUCCGGGGCCGGAGCCCGACUUCCAAGAGUUUAGGCGCUUGCCUCUGUUGUGCCCAGUUUUAUCCCACCGUCCCAGUUCCGAAAUUUCGCCCAUCAUGGCGGAGAGCAAACAACUACAUAUGUAGCACUUGAGUUCAAUAGCAAAAAAUGCUACCACCGCAACCGUCCCCGGCCCCGGACUCCCCGGAGUUCAGUCCCCUGGCCAUCGGCGAGGACCUGACCCCCCUGCCGGCGUACAAGGCCGCGGGCACGACGGAGAUCGGGUUCGACGGGCUGCUGGCGGAGCCGCUCCGGCUGCGCGAGGACCUGGCUUCCGGGUGCGGAGGGCAGACCUGGCCCGCCGGGAUGGUGCUGGGACGGCAUAUGCUGCGGUACCAUCGGGAGGACUUGGGGGAGGCUAGGAUAUUAGAACUAGGGGCCGGAGGCGGGCUGGUAGGCUUGGCGGUAGCUCGGGGGUGCGCCGUUGGGAAGCACCCGCUACUCGUCACGGACCAGCUGGAGAUGCAUUCGCUGAUGGAGCACAACAUCGCCCUGAACAACCUCGAGGGCAAAGUCCAAGCCGCGAUUCUGAACUGGGGCGAGCCACUCCCCCCAGCCGUCGUAGCCCUGAAGCCGAACGUGAUCCUCGCGGCCGACUGCGUGUACUUUGAGCCCGCCUUCCCGCUGCUCCUAGCCACCCUGUCGGACCUGCUCGCGCUGUGCCCGGAAGCCACGAUCUACUUCUGCUUCAAGAAGCGGAGGCGCGCGGACAUGCAAUUCCUCAAGAAGGCGCAGAAGAAGUUCAAGGUGGCCGAGAUCGCGGACGGGGAGCGCCCGGUCUUCAGCAGGGAGGGACUUUUCCUGUACACUUUCCAGGCUUCUCCGUAGGGGGGCGUUCUGCUUCCCCUUCAUUGUUAGAGCUCGUUAGAGGUUAUUGCUAGGCGUUUGCGUUCAUUCGAUGAUACAAACGGUAUUACGUCGGUUAUUACAGGUCUAAG